UGACUUGAAGGAGUGGAGACACACAGAUAGAGAGACUGGGCACGGAGAGCACAUCGGCGCUUGAUGCACAUUUGCUAAGGGACAAAACGUAGCCGCCACCUCUGUGGAAAUAAACAGAUACAGCUCUUCUGUCAUGACAUCUCCAACUUAUUAAUAGGUCUUCAUUGACUAAGAGAUACCAUGGAUUUCGUUCGAGAACGACGUUCUGAACUGGUUCAAAGAAUGGGAAGACAGGUAAUCGACCAGAUGGUUGAUAAACUUUACGCCAUUGGAGUUCUAAACACUGAAGAGAAAGAUUUGAUUCAGGGAACAUUGCUGUCUCAGGAAAAAGCCAGGGUGAUUCUUGGCUACAUUGAGAACAAGGGAACAGCUGCAUGUGAACUAUUUUUGGACUACCUCAAGUGCUACGACCAGUAUCUCUUUCAGGACCUGAAAUGCACAAAUAUCCAGAAAUACACAGAGAAGGACGUUGAAAUGAUUGCUGAAGAUUUACGGAGACUUUAUCUAUCUUCAGCUUUUCAAAAGUUCCAUCCCCUCGGCGAGGAAAUAGACAUCAUUUUCGAUCUGGAAACCACCUUUUCAGAUGCUGUGUUCUGGAAAAAAAACACAAGCAACCGCACAAUAAACCAACUACAGUUCCAGGACCUUUUGGGUGAACUAAAAGACCUAACAGUGAUUGAAGGUGAAGCUGGCAAAGGUAAAACAACUGUUUUGAAGAGAAUCGCAUCUCUCUGGGCUUCUGGCAAACACUCCUCACUCAAUGGUUUUAAAUUAGUUUUCUUUAUUAGCCUCAGGAGUAUGCAGAAAGGAUUGUACGAAAGCAUCUGUGAACAGCUUCUUAGGGAACCGUACAGUGUGGACAGUGCAACAUUCAUGAAAAUCAUAGAGACGCUGGAGCGAAAAGUGCUGUUUUGCUUGGAUGGUUUUGAUGAAUUUAAGCCCCAAGAUUAUCCUGAGACUGCCAGGCUCUUCACAAAGAAUGUCCAGUACAAGCACUCCGUGGUUUUAACAACACGAACUGAGACCCUGAGCCAGGUUCGAAGCUAUGCUGAUCUCCUAGUGAAAAUAGGAGACCUGAGUUACAGCAGUGCUCAAAUGCUGAUGGAAAAUGUCCUUGAGGAAUCCUUGGCCAAAAGUUUAUUGAUUCAACUUGAGCAAUCGAGUACUAUGAAGGAGAUGAUGAAGACUCCACUCUUUGUAGUGAUCGCAUGUGCCAUCCAAAUGGGGGAUGAUGACUUCAUUCCAAAGACACAAACAGCAUUGUUCCAUACCUUGCACAAGCUAAUGAUCAAUAAAAAUCAAUACAAAACCAGAGACUUGCCAGAAGAAUACAUUAUUGAGAGCAUAAAACAUUGUGGAGACUUGGCUUUGGAUGGAGUCUUUAAGUCCAAGUUUGAUUUUACCAUAGAGGACUUGUCGUCUCAGAAAGAGGAAAGGCUGCUGUUGGCAGCAGGCCUCCUGAAUAAGUAUGGUGCUCAGAGACUGAAACCAGUUUACAGAUUCUUUCACAAAUCCUUUCAGGAGUACACUGCAGGCAGGAGGCUACAUGAACUGUUAACAUCAAGCUCAGCAACAGAGGUUUCCAGAGGGCAGAUGUAUUUACAGAAAAUUGGAACUAUCUCAGACAUCACCUUCAAAUACCAGAAUCUACUUCAAUAUACAUGUGGAUCAUCCAAAGAUGCUGCUGCUGAAGUAUUCAAGUACAUUGUAAGUGUUAAGGACCAUGGAACACUCCUGCAGUUCCUUAAUGACAAUGAAGAUGGUGUGAAUGUAGAAACCCAGAUGCAAAGUUCAGAGGAAGUAGAGAGACUUAAAGUCCUAAACAUGAACACGCUUGUUGAACGUGGCCUGACGUUUGUCUAUGAAAGCCGAUCUGAAUCUGCUCUGGCUGGAGAGUUUGAAACUUUUCUGCAAGACAAAACACUCCAUAUCAAUUCCCAUUUUAUACCAGAUUACCUUUUCUAUUUUUUUGAACAUUUGCCGACCUGUUUAAGAGCUUUAGGUCUCAUUAAACUUGACUUUUUUGGAAACUUCACUUCUUCAAGUCUAAAUGAAAUCAAGAAAACUGAGAGUGAAAAUCAAGCACAGAGUGUAACUCAGGCACUAAUACCUGAGCCUGCCAUUAAACUCUUCUAUGAAACACCCUGGAAUCAGUCCUUUAACACAUUGCAAAUCACCAUGAGAGAUUUUCCAGGCUUAAAACCAAGGGAGAUCAAGUGCAUUGGUAAAAUCUGUUGCUCUGCUUCAGCUUUAAUACUAUAUAUAAGCAAAAGUGCAGGAAUUACAGGAAAACUUCAUAAAAUUCUGAAUACAUGUGCACGGAAUGUGCAGGAUCUGGUUAUCGAAUCCACACCAUUAACGGAGGAAGAUGAACAACAAAUAGUGAAGAUGACCCAAUUAAAGACAUUGCACCUGACUGAUCUCCAAACAGAACAUAGAAAUGGAGGAUUCAUUAAUGGGAUACAUUGCUUGAAAAACAUUGAAAAGCUGGUACUAGAAAAUGUGAAAAUGAAUGAUGGUGACAUUAAAAAAAUAGCUGAAAGCCUGAAGAACUUGAGCAGUAUCUCGGUGUUCCAUCUAUCCGAGCUGACAGGACUUGGCAAUGGAAUCGAGCAACUUGUCACCGAAUUAAGCAGUGGUAACUGCAGCCUCCAAGAAAUUAAACUGGCCAGCUGCUGUCUGACAGGGAGUGCCAUCAGAACACUUGCUCAAAAUCUGCACAAGUUGGAAACGUUGGAAGUCCUUGAUCUAUCAGGAAAUAACCUAGAAGAGCAAGCCGUCAAUGCAGUCACCAUAUUAUUUGAUCAGCUAACAGUUGUAUUGGGUUUAAAGGUGCUGAUGCUGCCUUUUGGAUCCAAUGUCAACACUUGCUUUGAUAAGCUGGUGAACCAACUCAAAAGCCUAACCAAUAUGACCAAGUUAGGUCUGCAGAAAUGGAAUCUGAAUGACACAGACCUUCUCAAACUAACUUCCCUGAUAACCAGUGGACAUCUGGAAAACCUUCAGUGCUUGGAUCUUGCAAAGAAUUCAGUGACCAACAAAGGCUGGAUAGCAUUUUUUGAAACCCUGAGGACAAGUGAAACCAGCUGUCUUUACAAGUUGACAUCAUUGGAUUUUAGCAGCCAAGAGGAACUAUAUCCUGAAGCAUUCAUGGUGAAGGAAUUUGUCCAGUGGAUAGUAAAGCUACAUUUUAUUCAUGAAGUUGUACUCGUCAACUGGAUGUUUGAUGAAAAUGAUCUGAAUAUGAUUAAGAAUGCAAAAGCAGCCCAAAAACGAGAAUUUCGAUUAAGGCUUACAGACACAUACAAGUGACAGUCAGCAAAUGGAGUUGAGACAUCCCUGAAUUUUAUUCAAACUGUAAACCAUUUUGUUAAAAAAAAACAGUUUUUUUCAUAAUUAAAAUGUUGGUUUUCUAUUUCAAAUAAAUGAAGGGGUCUUUUUGGGCCUUAGGAACAUAGGAAAAAUCACGGAAACAUUUAAAGAUUCAAGUCUGUCCAGACAUUUGGUUACAACAUGGCUGAUCUGCAUUAAACUCUAUCUGCUUUAGUUCUUUGCCCUUAAUAGUUUGUCUAACAAAAAUCCCACUCUUGUAAUUUCAAUUUAGUAGUUCCAACAAAUUUUUGAGGGACAGGUUUCUCAAUUACCGCUACCCUUUGUGUGAAGAAGUGUAGCCAGACAUCAACUGUGAAUGAGCUAGCUCCAAUUUUAAAGUUUUCCCCAUGUUUUACAUGCCCUCUUCCCAACCAGAAUUGAAAUAAUUUCUCUCUAUACUCUCAAUUCCUUCAACAUUCAUCUUCUAAACUCAAGCGAUAAAAAACCUCUUUAAUUAUAACUUGUUCUGAGUGAAUGUGAGAAAUGCUUCAAGCCCAUACUGUGCAUGUGAGGCCUUUCAGCUAGUUCUGGCUAGUGUAUAUCAAUACACUGAAACUUCCUCUAUGUAAUAUUAACAACAUAUUGAUCAGAGAAGAUCCUCCCAUUUUAAGAGAAUGGCAAAGGAAAGCCUGAAAGUCAUCCUUGUGUGGUUUCUGUUCCCUACCAUUAGGAACUUUCUAAUAGCUAUGAGGGAUGAUUGGAACAAUUAGAUACUGGGAUAUCACUGUGGGAUAAGAGAUGGGGCUAAUUGCAUCAGGAGGUGUGCGUAAAUAAGUGUAUAGUGAGACAAGGAGCUGUCUUUCACUGCCAAGUUAAGCAAUGUGAUGAAAUGACAAGAGUAAGUCCUGGAAAUGCUCACAACAUCUAGUAACAUCUAUGCAGAGAGAUGCUAUCAGAACUGCUGAGUAUUUCCAGCAGUUUUGCCACUUUGAUUUUAGAUUUCUAACAUUUCACAAUAUUUUUCUUACAUAAACUAUCUGAAGCAGCGUGGCAGCAUCAAGGCAGGACUUCAAAGAACUGAAGGCCAGUGACUUGUGUGCUGCAGGCAGGGUAUCUCAAUGAUCAAGAUGUGCAUUUGUAAGUCAACCCUCAGAUACAAUGUAGCAGGGAGUACAGAGGCAUGCAGUAGAAUUGUGACCGGACAGGUGGAGUUGGAGCAGGAAAUAGAAGAGCCAGUGAGCCACUCCUGGGGCAGCUGCUGCAGAGAGAACUGUGCACCAAAGCUUGAAAUAACAUGAGGUACAAUUCUGUUUUUGAUGCAAUUGCCAAUGUGCUUAAAAUGGCACCGAUCUUCCAAGACUCCACUUGUAUUGUAUAAUUGUGAGCAUAUCUUUCUCCUUGGAACCGGUGCAAUCAGGCAGCUUGACAGAGUACAUGUGAUUCACUGCCGACAUUAUGGUCAGCAUGGACUGGUUGGACAAAACGGUCUGCUUCCAUGCUGUAUGACUCUAUAGGAUGGGUCUACCAAAAAGUGAUAAACUGCUGCAGUUUUUCUAAAUAAAAUGAGCUCAUCAUACAAAAAUUGUAUUUUUAAUACACAUUCAUAAGUGAAUAACCUGAUAUUGAUGAAAUAGUUUUUAAAAUGACUAUACUGAACCAUUUAUUAUUUUAAUUUAUGUAUGCUGAAUGUAUCUUUGUAAAUUAAAUGUUUUAAUUUUUCAGGA